AUGGACUCUGAAUCAGUUCAAAAGGUCGUAGAGGAACUAUUUGCAUUUAGUAUACUUAUUGCUGAUACCGAAGAAUGGGACUUCAUUUCAGCCAGACUGGCAACUAUCAUUCAUCUGUUGACGGCUUCGACGCACAAUAUUGAUGCAUACACACUAAGUGACACUUUGGAAAAUCUGAUUGAAUACGCCAAUGUAUUACGAAGCUGCAAUGAAAAGAAAAAGCAAAGCGAAGACAUGAUGACGAUUGAUGUGUCAAGAUCAUUAUUUACUCAGCAGCAAAUCAGAAGUACGUUACUGAGCAUGGUGUCACGUUUAUCAAUGAUCGAAUUUAUUCUCACUAAUGAUCAUAACCGGAAGAACCGAGCACUAAUUGCUACGUUCCAUGAGUUACAAAUACUUCGACAGAUGAUGCAUCAGCGAGAGAAGAGCUUACGCACACACAUAGUAGACCAUGGCGCAACCACGAACUCAUCCAUGGAUGUCACUUCUCUCCAUAAAAAACAUUUUAACGUCAUUAUGCCUUACUUAAAGCAGUGUAGUUCUUUUUACGGCACCAUAUCUAUAACUGCUUUGGAAGCGGAUAUUGUUGUUGAAACGGCCCGUAAUUUUUACAAAGCUUCUGCAACCGAUUUAAACAAACUCAAAGCGAACUGGCGAUCAUUCGAUAUUCCACUAAGUGAAUGUUUCAUUGACCUGCAGACUGAAAAAACGACGUCAUUCGAACGUAAUGCCGCUCGACAGUUGCUAACAGGAAAUCGAUUCGCUGCAUUUUUCAGUUCGGUUACCGAACACAAGCAGAAAAAAAUAUGGAUGAACCGCUUGCUUGAUACACCCUACAUGUUAUCAAUAGUGAAUAGUGAUCGAUAUGCAAUCAAAGAUGAGUAUCACUCGUCAGAUAUCAUACAAGUUUUGCGUGAAAAUCGUUGGGUAGUGGCUUUAGGUCAUCCAGGAAGUGGCAAAUCAACAUUGUCACAGUGGGUUGCUUUACAAUCAGCCCAAGGUAUAAUGAAUAAAAAAGAAACGACCGAUUUUGGUCCGGCUCGAAUACCGAUAUUGAUUCGUAUAGCAGAGUUUGCCGAAGCUCUUCGUGAAAACGAUACUUUGAGUCUAUUCGAUCAUAUCGGCCAUCACACGUGGUUCGGUAAAUAUUUUCGAUCUGAAGAAUCGACAAGCACUUCAGCUUUAUCACAAUUAGCAGCAGCUUUACAAGAUUAUGUCAGACAAGGUCAAGCAGUGGUCAUUAUCGAUGGCUUGGAUGAGAUUUCUGUAUCCGAUCAGCGUGCUAAGAUUCUUCAUUGUUUGGAAACGUUUAUUCACACGCAUAUCCGGGCACCUUCACUUCGAUCUGUAAUGGAUGAUCCUAAUUUUGUCCGGCACAUCGAUAAACCAGCGGAAACUGGUGGUAAUCAAAUACUGAUCACCAGUCGUAUUGUCGGAUACCACGCGGCACCACUUACGGGACAGUUCUCACAUUACAUCAUUCAACCAUUGAGUUCAAAACUCAUGCAAGCCUUUGUUGACUAUUGGUUUUACCAUAUUCAUGCAAAUAUCCGUUCCAUACUCGUAUCUUCUAACGCUGAAAUUUUACUUGAUGAUAGUGUAUGGCAAGAUCAUGCUGAACCAUUGAAGACACAAUUAGAAGAUCGAAAUUCUGAACUGCGAGAGUUAGCGUCGAAUCCUUUUCUUAUGUCAUUAAUCUGUCACAUUGCCUUUGAAUCAAAUGAUGCAGCAUUGCCAACCAAACGUGUUCAAUUAUACGAACGUGCAAUUAAUUCAAUAUUAUCGACAUGGAAUGGACAUGGAUUAAAUAUUAAUGAAAGCAAGCUUUUAUGGAUUUUAGGCGAUGUUGCCGAAGACAUUCAUAAAAAUUCACCUUCGGGAUUAAUCUCAGAAGAAAUUCUCUUAAGAAGAUGCGCCUCGUCUAUUCAAUCCUACGAAAAUAUAAAGCGACCCACAGAUGACGACAGUGAAAGAUUCAAGAACGAGGCUAUGCGUUUCGUAGAGAUUGUGCGUAACGAUGUUGGCAUUUUAGUUUGUCGCAGUCAGUCGAUGUAUGGAUUUCUUCAUCGAACUCUACAAGAAUAUUUUGCCGGUCUGAAUUUCGUCGACAAGAGAAAAUUGAAAAAGGAAAAUCAAUCGAUGGCAUUUAGUGCAACUCAAGCAAUAGCUCGCUCUCUUUGUGAACAUAUAAGUGACAUUAGGUUUCGAGUUCCUUUAAUUCUUGCUUUCAGCAUGCUUAGCGAACGUGAUGAUUUUGAAGCUUACUGCGAAGCUUUUUUUGCCGAAGCAGCACGUGAACUUGACAGUUUCCUACCAUUAGGGACAUUAUUUUUCGUGCUAUGUGAUAGAGAUUUCGUCAAUUAUCCAUCAAAUGGCAUUAUGUUCAAGGCUUUGGAUAAAAUCUUAGUAGCAGCCGGUCGCGACAACUGGUACUCAACUUCCGAAGCAUUGUUCUCAACAUUUCAGGAUUCGAUUCAAACAUUACCGAAAUCCUGUAUGUCGGAAUGGGUACAUCAUGUUUUAUUAUCCGAAUCACGUCAGUCAUUCGUGAGCACUACUGCACUGUGUAAUUUAAUAAGUGAUCAAUUAUAUUCUGAUAAAAUAUACAAACAUGACAAUGUUCCCGGUGUAGAGUGUGACAAUGACGACGACGAGAAAGAAGAUGAGAAUGAUGAUGAUAAUGAUUUUUCCAGUAGUGAAGCGUAUGACGAUGAUUUAAUCGACACACACAAAUAUGAAUGGCUCGAUAAGACAGUAUGCGACAACCUUUAUCUCAAAUUAGACUUUCAUCAGGCACAAAAUGACUUCUCUCUGGACAGAUUAUUUGUUCACAUGUCGUUCAUUAAUAGGCAACUAUUACCGACGCCACAUAAUAGUCUGAAAACUUUCUUCACGACAGGAAGUUGUACUCAAAGUGAUAUCCACCCGACAGUCCUGGCAUUAAUUAUUGCAUUGUAUGGAGGAUUAGCAAAGUCAAGAAACGUGAUUCUAUUCGAAGCUGAAUGCAUAUAUCAAGAUUGUAAAGCUCUUACUCCUCUUUUGAUUGAGUACUUGACUGAUAUUAAUAGUGAGCAACUCGUGAGAUUGAAGCGUCUCCAAAAUCAAUGUCAAAAGUUACUUUCGACAAUAUUGCCUGAUGAUGGUUCAGUGAAUGCCGUAAAUGUAAUCAUUGCCGUGCUCUGCCUUUCAGGUAUCGAACACUUCUUAAUCCACCCUAAUCUUGUCAAAAUCAAAGCCUUCUCGAUGGCAUUGUCGAAAUUGAAAUACAUUUUAUCUACAUUACAAGAUUUCUAUUCAAACACAUCUUUUGAAUUUGACGCGGAACGAAUAAUAAGUGACACGUUGAAACUAACCGAUCCAAAUGUAUCAAAUAGAGAUAAACGUAUGUCGCCGGAAGACUUCCUUUUACUUACAAAUGCUGUUAUGAAAGCAACAGCUCGUCUGUCUACCAAUGGUAUUUCUUCUUCAGUCGAGGACAAUCCUUAUGACAAUACUCAAGAAGGAGAACAUGCCUUUGUUUUUACACUGCCAAAUGAGCUAAGAAGUAAAGAAGUCGUUGAAAAUCUUCUUUCGUAUGAUACAACGCUUUCUUCUGGUCGAAAAGCUUGUUCCGUUCUGCCAUAUUUUGUUAGUCUUUUCUGGACAUUAAACAACGAAGACGUUCCUCUUUCUAACCGAACAGAGAGCGUACGGAGACAUGAAUUAACAUUUCUUCACGAUCGUUUUGGCAAAGAUUUUAUGUAUGCAUUAACAUUUGUACCAAAGCAUAUCAGGUCCUUAUUCGUUUAUCUUUUACAACGGCAUGAGAUUGUAAUACAAGACAGAGAAGUUUCUUCAACUAAUUUACCAUUUCAAUAUGUUCUAAUUGAAUGCCUCAUGAAAUUAGUGAAUGAUACUGACGAUACGCUACUGAAACAACUGUGCACCUUGCUUCCAUUGCUUCGUGUCUAUAAGCUAGACAACUUUGGCUUUAGCAUUAUAAAAGCAUAUUGUUCAUCACAUCGUGUGCAACACUUCGAGUACAUACGACAGAGACCACUGGACGAAAAUACUUAUCGGUAUAAAGAUGGAUUGAGUUUAGUUCCAGAAGUUCCUAAAGAUUAUCCGGAGGUAGACGGAGACGAAGUCUUUAUCAAAAAUUUGCAAAAUGAGCGCGCUCGACUUCAAUCUGCACUGCAAAAACUUCGAAGAUCUUCCCAAGAUACACAAGCCAGUAUCCAUUUGUACUCUGCGUGUGUAUCUUUAGCGUAUAUGUCUUCGUGUUCCCAGUUGAUCGAACCGACAAUCUUGCUUACUGAAGCCAUAAAUGCUGCAAAUUCAAUAGAGCUUCCACUUCUAAAACUUGAUGCACUCAGCGUUAUUUUCAUGAAUCUUCAUGUACAAGUAGAUUCUAACCUAAUGGCAAGCCAUCGAUCAUUAAUUCAUCAACAAGCAAAACUACUGAAUGAAAUAACUUCAAAGUUAUCCAUACCAGUACAUACCGCCAUUCUCUUACGAUGUCAUACAGUUUUCAUACAAGCUUCCGAAUUUGAACUAUCUGUCAGAGACUUACUCAAUAAGAUCACGGCUACGACAAACGGCAAAGUCUAUUCGAGUCAGGAGGCCGUCUACGAAGCAUUACUGAAAAUAUCAUAUUCAAAUGAACUUAUUCAUUCGUACCUAGCCGAUUUGUAUUCGAAGAACGAGAAUGUCUUAAAGCAUGAACCACAAACAUUGUUUCACACACGAUCGUCUAUACUUUUUCGUUAUUUUACACGUUCUUCGAUAUACAGCAAAACUCCGACAGUAAACACUCUUUUAUCUGCUAUGUUUUUAACCGAAUUAGUCAGUGAUUGUCACCGUCUGUUUGCCUGGCAUAACUUGAUUUUCGACGCUAAUUAUUACAACUUACCUCGACCAAAUAGGCCGAACAAACCGAAUUUUGAGAAUAAUGGCACUCUGAUGCACUUUCAAGCCCUAGCAAUCGAUCAGUACCUUAGUGACUGCAUUAAGAAGAAAAGUAUUUCAAUGGAAAUGAUUCAAAACCUCGAUAGAUUUUUGCAUUCCGUUAGUACUGUUGAAUCAACUGCUUGGGAAAUCGUCAAUCAUUGGCUAAUAUUCGAGAAUCAUCAACAGCUCAAUGUAAUCGCCGUACAUGCGGCAUUGUUGAGUCUCGAAGCAUAUCUAUGGAAUGAAAAAGCAACUGUUAUUGCAUGCAAUCAACUAUGUAGUCGUCAAGAUCGAUUUCGACAACGAGCAGAAGUUCUUUUUAGACGCGACAGCGCGUCAAACACUAGUGAUUUGGGUCUGAACAGUCUUCUCGCUCUUCUCGAUCGUUAUAUAUGGUGUUGUCAUAAUUCAACAUACGCCGAAUCGACAAUAUUUACAAUGCUAUAUCACACAUCGAUCAACAGAGAACAUCACUUACAUAUUGUCCUUCUACUCGAACAAUAUCGUAUAAUCCGAAUGAAUUCGAACGAUAUCAAUAUCGACGAUCAAGAUUUGUACGGAGCGGUAAAAAUUGCAACAGCAAACAAUUAUUUUAAUGUUUCAUUCUGCUUAGCUCUUUAUCAGCUAUCAAGUUCUCUGCACAGUCAUAUGAGUGACAUAAUACGGUCAAAAUUUUCAAUUGUAACUAAUCAUAGUUCACUGAAGAAAUAUAUCUCAAAAACGGAUUAUGAAUUGUUUGUGGUUAAUGUACUUAUCUCCAUUGGUAUAUGUUUAUAUCACAAUAGAAACUAUGCAGCUACCGUCACUGAGGCUAUCAUUGAAAUGAUGGGUAAAACAACUUCGAGCAGAAUUCAACGAGCAGCGAUUUAUGCGAUUGGUUCGACUAAAGACGGCACAGAAUUUCUUUGGGGUAUUCUUCAAUCUUUCGCAGAUUCUAGUAAUAAGAAUACGAAAAUGUAUUCUGAAGAUGUUAUAUGCACGUUGAUUCAAACAUGUUGUUAUCGUCUGUCACGUGACAAUAGCUUUGAAGACGAAGAGAAUAUAAAAGUUUUUCUUCAACUUCUUAAGCACCAAUCGCCGAACAUCGCUAAAGCUACACGUGAAGGAAUGGGAAGGGCUAUCAAUAGUUCUGAACGUCUUUUGGAACUGUUUCAGUACGAUAAACUUCAAUGCUAUGAAGCGUUGAUUGCUUCCACUGCUCAUAUGUACUUUGGCCAAAAAUCAACCGACGUGAGAGCAACAGCAGAUCUUAUUCUAAAGCAUCCAGAUUUACUUUCAAUAUUCAUUGCUGAAUUGUAUGAAAGCAUUCGUUAUCUGCUAAAGGAAGGAUCUCGACAUUCUUUUCCGAAGUAUACAUAUGAGUACGAACAUCCUCAUUACUUAUCCGUGUCUUCUGUUCUGAUCGAUAAAAUGCCAUCCGCUUUUUGUAGUUUUAUCGGUGAAUGUGGCUACGGUGAAGAAUUGAAACGCGCUAUAUAUUGUGCAAGUAAGGUACGGCGCAAUGCACGUCGAAUAACAUAUCUUGUUCUUCUCUCGAUAUUCGGCGAGUUCACUUCUGAGCUAUGUGAAAUGGCUGUGGAAGUUCUUAUCGAUGAUCCGUAUAAAAGUAACAAAUGUUACGAAUGUUUAUGGCGCAUACAUAGAAUCAAGGAUGAAAAAGCGAUUGAUAAGUUAUUUAAGUAUUUCAAAUCACCUUCGAUGAAUGUACGCUAUGCAGCAUUGAAAGUGUUACUUCAUCUAACAAGCCUGGGCCUCAUUCAUAUUGCCGAAACUCAAGAUAUCUUGGUGAAAACGAUGAAUGAUCCCGAGUCGAAUGAGAAUCUUUGGUUGGCAGAAAAUAAUCAGUACUCGAAAUAUGUGCGUUCUUAUGAGAAUGUUGGUAAAUUAAAACAAGUCGUUUACAAUUCACUCGCUAUGCAUCUUCUGGAUCUGCGUCGUGGAGGCGUAGCGUUCGAUUUUAAUAACAAUUUAACUGACGAAGAACGGGCUUUUCAAGCCUCCGAGCUAAACGCAAGUCUGACGAUUGGCCUAUUCAAAAAGAACGGUUAUUGGGAUUAUGACUAA